AUGGCACGCGAGCUCGAGGAGGAGACCGGCCUCGCCCUCAACGCGCUGGCCGAGCCCCAGCUCCGCCCCUGCGGGCGGGUCUAUGUCCGGUACCCUGAAGUGGAUUUCGUUUAUCACAUGUACAAGGCGCGCCUCGUCGAGCGGCACCAGCCACCAUCGAUUCGAAUAGACGAGAGGUGCGCUGCCAAGAUCAGGCAGAUGAAUGCAUCAAGCAAACUAACAACAACACACGUCAGGGAACACAAGACGCAUCGCUGGGCGACUUUGGCCGAGGCACUCGAGCUGCCUUUGGUGCGAGGCGAGGUUGCGUGCAUCGAGCUGGCCUACCCCCAAGUGAAACAUGGCUAUGAAUGUGUGUAA